UACCACCUAUGGGAAGGGAACUUAAAAGCCGAGGGAGAGAAGGAAGGCUUAGUCUGUUACCAAGAGGAGACGGACUCUUACUUUUAAGCCCAGUAAACUAAACCCACUACACAGCCGCCUGGAAGUUCUGUCUACUCGUGUGCGCAACUUUUAAAAAAAUACAUGAGCCGAAACAUAAUGGAUGGCAACAGCAGACCGCUUGUUUUGACCGGGCAUACCUCCUCACCGCUCCCGGUCGGCGGUUUGCAGGUGCCCACUUCUCUGCUGCGCCCGCCGCCGCUGUUUCUCCGAGCGGCAACCGCCGCCUGCUGCCCGUCCCUGGAGAGAGGGUAUCCCCGCACCCCGAAGUGCGCCAGGUGCCGAAACCACGGCGUCGUGUCGGCGCUGAAAGGACACAAGCGCUUCUGUCGCUGGCGGGACUGCGUGUGCGCGAAGUGCACCCUGAUCGCCGAGAGGCAGCGGGUCAUGGCGGCGCAGGUGGCACUGCGAAGGCAACAGGCGCAGGAGGAGAGCGAGGCCCGAGAACUGCAGUUCAUGUAUUCUGGGACCGGGGCGAGCGAGACUGGACUGUCCAUGGCAUCAGGGACAGGAGCAUCGGGGCCUGCCACUACGAGACCAAGAACACCGAGCUACGAUGUAUUUGCGAUGGACGACCAGAAAGAUGGAGAAAAGAUGCCGAAAUACAGCCUUUUCAAUGGAUUCGUGGGGCGUCCUCUGUUUGCAUCCCAUUCUACCCCACUGUCCUCUCAUUUGGGGAAAGGUGACUCCACAUCACCCCAGAAGACGCGCACAGUUUUGGAUAAAGAAAAUGGAAUCAAGUCACCCGGCUCAGAUCAACUGUCUGAUCAAGUGGAGAGUCCAAGAUCAGUGUCGUCCUCAGACUUGGAAUCUGGCAGCGAAUCAGAAAAGCCCAAGGACUACCCGCCACCUGACCGAUACCCGCCCAGCGCUAUGUUCAGGCACCGCGACCCCACUGAUGUCAUGACGAAAAUCUUUCCUCACCAUAAACGGGACGCUCUAGAGUCAGCGGUGAAGAACUGCAAAGGCGAUAUCGUGAAAGCAAUCGAACUGGUAUUAAAUUCAAAAGACAUCAAGUGCAACUCAGACAGCACGAGUAACCCAGCAUCCGAGAACGCAACCCUCCAGAGACCAUCUAACUUUGGGCUUCCCGGAGGCGCGUUGAGUACACUCAGCGCCAAAUCCGCUUUCUCACCGCUACAAACCACAGUGACUUCAGUUGGAAGCGACAGUUUCUACGGUUUGAAUCCCCGAUUCGGAAUCAGUCCAAUCCGCCUGGCGUAUUCGACUUCUGGCGGGGGUAUUCCUAGCUUUAUGUCGCCUUAUGUGACAUCCGGGUUAGUGCCAGCCUUCCCACUUCGCCCACCGAUGGACUAUUCCUUACCAGGAAUGAUGCGAGACUUCUCCUACCUCCAAAACAAGGACUCGUUGUGUAGUUCUUCUAUUUACUCUCGUUUAAAUCAUGAUAAAUAGCUAAAAACAAAUCAAUCUAUUACCUGUUUAUGCAGAUAUGUCGAUUAAUGGACGAUAAUUUUUUGUUUUAUACACACAAAUAAUAACAUGUGCCUUAUCAGUUUCUCACCCAAAUAUUCAUCACUGAUAGUGUCCCAUUUUAUGCGGACAGUUUGUGUACUUACGGGAACUUGAAUGUCAAACAGGAGCCUUUUUACAAGUCUGUUUUAUAUUUGCUGUCAUUUUUUCUUUCAGUAUACUUUCAUUGAUGUCUAUUUUGUUUAAAAAAAUACUAAUUUCAUAAAUAAAAGUUGGUACAAUUGUUGGUAAAAAUGAUCUCUUUUUUUAUGAAAUGUCAUUCAGCAUUAUUGAAAGAGCAUUCAUGGGAGCUAAGAGAAACUAUUUUAUUUUGCUAUUUUUCUUUCUGAAGACUAUUUUGGCAACAGAUUAUUACAUCAUGUUAUGCUGUUUACUGUAAAAGACAACUCAAUUUAAGCACCUUUCCUAGCUAUGAAUUCCUAGCUAUUUUUCAUAAACUGUGAUUUUUGUUGAACAACAUUACAUGCAGAAAGUGCAUGCCGAACAGCUUUAUUUGUUUUGCUCACUGUUCAGCCUACAGUAUAUCACUUAUGUCACUAUUAAAAACAAAAUCACGCCAGGCCUGCACUUUGAAACUUAAAUCAAUAUUUUGCCCAUGAAGUGCAUUUAUCAGCAGAAAUCCUCUGACUUUAAUUUGGCAACACUUUACUGUUGUGUGCCCUGCUGAAAAGGUAAAGUGGAACAUACUGUUCAUCAGUCAAUUAAUGGCUAAAGUAUGUAAAGUAUGUACACCAGAGUGCAUAUUAGUGCCUCCUUAAUUUUCCAUCUGUAACUCUUGUGGCAUUUGCUCACCAUGUGAAAUGCACUUUUGUAAGCGGGUUUGACUAAAAGCAUCUUGGAAUGACUAAAUUAGAAUUAUAUUACCCCCCCCCCC